UGCUUGCCUCGCUCGUUGGGUAAGCCGUAAGCCACAAUUUUCCACGCGACUUGGCCUAUAAAUUGCACGCCAAAUCGCGCAACAUUGGAGCACGCGCUUCAAUCUGCUUAGUUGAAGCUUCGUUCUUCCCACAGACCAGUAACCAUGGCGGCAGUGAACAACAUGAGCUCCAUGCUCAUGGUGAUGGCUGUAGUUGUACUGUGGACGGCUUCAACUGCCACAGCCGCAUCUGGCGUCGCCACGUUCUACGAGCAAUACACUCCGUCGGCGUGCUACGGGAACAGGGACAUGGGCAACAUGGUCGCGGCGGCGAGCGACUCGUUCCGGAACAACGGCGCCGUGUGCGGGCGGUGCUACCGGGUGAGGUCUGGCAAUCCCUGCAAAGGCGGCAGCAGCGUCGUCGUCAAGAUCAUGGACGAGUGCGCCAGCAGCGACGGGUGCCAGAGCACCAUCGACCUCUUCAAGCAGGCCUUCGCCAAGAUCGCCAACCUCGACGCCUGCGAGGUCAAGGUCGACUUGAACUCCGAGGGUUGCCCGUAG